AAGUGUGAAUUGCUACAAAGUACAAAUUGCAGUAAAGAAAUAAUGAUGUCGUUCAGAAAUAUUUUUAAAAUUCAUUCUGAAUAUUAUAGUUUAACGCAUAAAUUGAUGUUAAAUAUAAAAAGAAGUUCUCCAAAAUUGACUCGCGAUUUUUGUGCAAUAAGUAAAAAAAAUACAAUCGGUAACAUUGUCAAACACUGGAAUCAACAAUUUGAAGAUAAAAAUAUUUCAGAUCCUAUUGAAUCAAUCGAGUACAUUGUUGCUCACGUGCUUGGAACGAUAAAGAUAAGGCAACUCGGAAGUUUACAAGAGAAAGAACUUACGACUGAUCAAAUAGAAAAAAUAGAAAUGCUUUGUAAACGCAGAUUAGAAAGAAUACCAGUACAAUAUAUUAUCGGCCAAUGGGAAUUCCGCGAUAUUAUUUUAAAAUUAGUACCUCCAAUAUUUAUUCCCGAGCCACAGACUGAAAUGUUAAUAGAUUUUGUCCUGCAACGAGUAUCAGCCAGUAAUUUUACUGAUUUUUGUGAAAUACUCGAAGUCGGUUGUGGAACUGGUGCAAUUACAUUAUCCCUUUUAAAUGCCUGUAACAAGAUUAAGGCAUUCGCCAUUGACACAAACAUUGAUGCUUGUAAUUUAACACUAGAAAAUGCUAAAAAUUUAAAAGUCGAUGAUCGAUUGACAGUAAUAAAUGCCACAUUAAAAGAUGAUGGAACAAUCAAAGUUUCAUCAGAGGAGAAAAAAUUCCUCGACUUUAAUAAAAAAACAUUUGAUUUUAUAGUUAGCAAUCCGCCUUAUGUGACAACGAAGCAAUACGUGAAAUUUCUACCUGAAAUUAAACUACAUGAGGACAUAAGAGCCACGGACGGUGGUGCUGACGGAUUAAGAGUCGUUAAACCACUUUUGAAUUAUUCUGCAAAAGCACUAAAACCUGGAGGUCGCCUUUUUAUAGAAAUAAAUCCCGUUAAUUCCGAAUAUAUACCAUUUUUUACAACUAUGAAUACUCAUUUGAAACUCAAACACGAGCACACAUACAAAGAUUUGUCUAAUUUUGAUCGAUUUGUCGAACUUUCAAAGUUAAAUUGAGCGCUCUCGAAAAAAAAAUCAUUCAAAAUCAUUCGUUCGUUAAAAAUCGAAUAUUUGUAAACAAACAUUCAUACAAAAUAAUAAAAAAUUCAACAUACAUAAAUAAUACACAAUCAUACAUACAUAAACAUAGUAAAACACAAUAAUAAAAAUAAAUCAAAGACUAAAACCUAA